UAUGAAAACAAUUACUCAAAAGAGGCGUAGUCCACAAUCACAAAAUAUAAAGCCCUAAAUCAAACUCCAAAGCCCAAACCAAACCCUGAUUCCUCGAAACGACGCCGUCAGGAAAUCCUAGAUAUAUAUAGUCCCAAACCCUAAGCUUCUGAGCCUCCACUCUCCCCACCACCCCAAAUCACCGAUCACAGCGGCGGAGACAGAAAGAGAAGAUGAAGUACAAUCCGCGCGUCUCGUCCUCCCGGCGCAAGAGCCGCAAGGCUCACUUCACGGCGCCGUCGAGCGUCCGCCGCGUCAUCAUGAGCGCGCCGCUCUCCGGCGACCUCCGGUCCAAGUACAACGUGCGGUCGAUGCCGGUGCGCAAGGACGACGAGGUGCAGGUGGUGCGCGGGACCUACAAGGGGCGCGAGGGCAAGGUUGUCCAGGUCUACCGCAAGAAAUGGGUAAUCCACAUCGAGCGCAUCACCCGCGAGAAGGUUAACGGCUCCACCGUCAACGUCGGCAUCCACCCCUCCAAGGUCGUCAUCACCAAGCUCCGCCUCGACAAAGACCGUAAGUCGCUGCUCGACCGCAAGGCCAAGGGCCGCGCCGCCGCCGACAAGGAGAAGGGCACCAAGUUCACCUCCGAGGAUAUUAUGCAGACUAUUGAUUAGAAGGUUGGUCGAUUUUUAGAUUGUGAUCUUUUUUAACGGUUGUUAAUUUUGGAUCUAUGUCAAUGAGAGGAACCGGAUUAUGUUAUAUUGCUUUUGAUGGAUUUUGUUUCGUUUCAGACUCGACAAUAUUAGCUAUAUUGAUAAUUAAUGUUUUUGGCCAUGGAUC